AUGGAUUUUAUUGAAGGAUAUUAUACGCCAAAAACAGUUUGCCCAUAUUGCUAUACAAACCUUGUGAAUUGGCUACAUAAAAACAAAAAAGCGUCAUUGCGUUAUAUCACACCCGUAGUUUGGGUAGAAGAUCCUAACGGACAUAAUGAAUCCACAUGCUACGCAUGCAAAAAUUAUUCUGGUUUUCUUAAUAAGCAUGCGUUAAAGAAUAAAAAAUAUACUCCCACUUUCACUGCCUCACUUCCAGUGCUUCGCGGUCGUAAUGUCGAACCACCUGAAUCUCCAAGUCCGGACGUUUUAUCUUCGUUGCCAGCCGGAACUGAAUUCAGCUAUUCUGAUGUGAAUGAUCUCGAUUAUAUGCCCGAUUACGAAGAUGAUAAACCACUAUUGCUAACACAAAACGAAAUGGAUUACAUUGUGGCAAAGUUGGGAUUAUCGCAACGUAAUUCGGAGUUUUUAACCUCAUUUUUGAAGCGCAGAAACCUCACAAAGAACGACGUCAAUGCUACAGCAUACCGAAAACGCCAAUCUGAAUUUCAGAAAUUUUACACUGUUGACCCUACAAAUACAUUAACUUACUGUAAUGACAUCAAAAGUUUAGUUAAUAAAAUGGAAAUGGAGUAUGUCCCUGAUAGGCAUGCACCAAUUCCGAGUCCAACCAAUUCCAAUUCCAAUUCUUAG